AUGGCUUUUAAACUGUACUUGGCUUUUCUGAUGUUGGAGCUCGGAAAGACUGUUUCUGGAGCAACUUUAAGACAGCACAAAGAUUCAAUUAGAUGCCACACAUUUGAUGACUCCAGAUCGGCUCAUCUGCUCUACAUGGGAAACAGCUCGUCAGGAGGUUUGCCGAUUCUGCAGUAUGAAGUCUCUGAAUUAAUCAGCUUUGAUUCUGAAUUUGAGCUGCGCACUCUUGAUCCUGAGGGAAUAAUAUUUUUCGGAGAUAUUGGGGGUCAGCAGAACUUCUUCCUGCUGGCUGUGGUCAAAGGUCACCUGAGCGUUCAAACCAGCACUGGGGAUGGAGGUGUCCUCAUCAGUGAUGGACCGUUCAUUAGUGAUGGGCAGUGGAAGAAGAUUAUGGUGAAAAAGCUGGAGGGUGCCGUGUCCGUCAGUGUGGAUGGACAUCCUGGUGUCAUAGUCAAACAGUCACAGGAGAGUCAGAGGGCAGAGGGCAGUAACGGACUGCUCCGAAUCGUCAUUGGUAACAGCAUUUCAGGCAGCGGGGCCUUGCUCGGGCUGAACCCCAUGUUAGACGGUUGUAUGCGAAGGUGGGACUGGGUGAAGCAGGACUCCAGUGUUCUGCUGCGGACCUUGCAGGAAUCUCCCUCACAGCGUUGCUGGGUUGACAUUGCCCCUGGAGCCUAUUUCCCUGGCAAUGGCUCUGUAGGCUUUAGUCCUCUCAUGCUGUGGAAUGCAUCCUGGUUAGCAGAUGGAUCGAGCUGGAGACUAUCUGUGGAACUGGCCCUCAGACCUGUCUCUGACUCAGGAACUCUCUUCACUGUGGUGGAUUCAGAUGGCACCAGAGUCAUCUCACUGUCUCUUCACAGACCAACAUGGGAGAUUGUACUGCAUCACCAAGCUAAGGAGCUAAGCUUUCCCCCGACUACGUGUAGUGGUGGAGUUCUGGUCCUCCAGCUGGAGGUGGGAGCAGGGCAGGUGGUGAUGGUGUUGAAUGAAAAGCCAGUGAUGAUGACACUGAAGGAGGAAGAUUUUCAGGAGCUGAAGAGUGUCUGGAGCCAGUCUGGGAGUAUGGUGUAUCUGGGUGGAGAGCCAGAUGGCAGCUCGUCCCUGCAUGGCUGCAUGCAGGUGAAAGUGCAGGGCGUGCACGUGGAUCUGGACCAGGCCUCAUCGCGACUUGGGGACAUCCACUCUCACAGCUGUCCCGCCUCCCUCGACAUCAGAGACGGGAAGUAA